UUCAGUAUCUAGGACGCUUACGUCCGUGUUGCUACAUGCCCAAGCAAGGUGCUCGGUUCGAUUUGACAGACGUAGGUUUGGUGGUGUAGUGCCUUUCUACCUUCAUCAUGACUGCAGGCUCCAUCAUCGUACCAACCAUCAUCCCCCUCCGGGCACCGGUGCCAGGGAGGUCCAAACUCUCCAUAGACUCUGCUACCAAGAUAGAAGUCAGAACAGAAACCAGAGAUACCGAUAUUCAUUACACAAUCAAUGGCACCAGACCUAACCCCUUCCAGAAGAUGGGGGAGAAGUGUACAAUGCAGUACCGUGGGCCCUUCACCCUACCUCCUGGGAAACAAACACUGAAGGCAGUGGCUGUGUCUAGGGAUGGGUUGAGAGAGAGCAGUGUAGUCACGAAGGUAUUUGAUGUGGAAUAUGUUCCCCCCCCUGCUCUGGAGCCCACAGAUGAUGACCUUGGCUUUCAAGAACAGUGGGAGAAGGAGCAAUCAAAGCUUGAUGUGAGGCGAGCAACAACUAAGCUGGCAACUUCAUCACGAUCUGCCUGGACUGACGUCUCAACCAUGAAGCAGACACAGCAAAUGAUGGCAGAUAUGUCAGUUGGAGGAAGCUCACACAGGCGGCCAGGGACUGGACCCAGAUUUCUCAACUCUCGCCGAGGAAAUAUGUCUGAGCGGGGAACAGUGACAUUUGACCACUCGGGUGAGUACGGAGGCUCUGAUACCCGGCGGUCUGAGAGACGUCUGCCCGACAACACCACUCAGGCCAUGAGGCUGCAGAGAGAAACAGACUUCCUCAAGUGUAUCUACUGUUUUGCUGACCGUCCAUCUGACCCCUAUGCUAGAUUCUGUACAACUUGUGGUCAGCCUGUCCCUCCCAUCCCACAGACCCACAGAAUAGCACCACCGGAGCCUGGACAGAUGGGAAUGUGUGUGUACUGCAAGUCCAUGGUGCCCUUCAACACUGAGACGUGUGUGGUGUGUGAGGGUCCGAUACCCGUCCAGAACCGACCCCAGGCCAGUGUCAAGCUGUCAGACCGUCUAAUCUGCACUCUGUGUGGUACGGCCAACCCCAGCAACCUUGUGCUGUGUAUAACAUGUGACAGCAGGCUGCCGACCACAGCACAGCAGACUGCCAUCCUGAGUGGGAGAUCUGCCCCUCCGAUUGUCAACCCUGACAAGCGUCAUGUGACAUGUAACAAGUGUGGUCGUGUCAACAACGGAGAUGCCCGCUUCUGUGACUGGUGUGGCACAAAGCCAAGCCAGCCAACAAGUGCCAUGGUGUGCUCUCAGUGCCUGGCCAACAACCACCCUUACUCUACUUUCUGUGGGUCAUGUGGUGUAAAAAUGGAUGCCCCCGUCAGGACAGAGUACAGAAAGAACCCUUCUGGCGGAUCAGGUGAUUCCAAAUGGCUGCCCGUGAGUUUCCCUGUGGCUAGCACCCCCAAGCCAAUGACCACUGUGGCCUGUCAGACCGUGGGGCUGUUCUACCCAUCCAAGCGUGGGAUUGAGAAACAGAAGGAGAUAGAGGAGGAGAAAGUUGCCCUGGAGAAGCAGAUGAGAGACAGGCGGCCAUUGCUCACUGCCAUCAGCCCAGGCAGGGGUUACUGGCGUCGGCAGAUUGAACACAUCUGUAUGCAUCUGAAAGCCCAUGCCCAGAAUGAUGCUGAGUUCCGUGCUCUCAUUGGAGAACCCAAGAUGGGCAAGCUGAUCACAAGUGCUAUCCAAGAAGAUGGCUAUGAGUUGAGCCUGAACCUGACGUUUGCUCUGCGGGGAAACAAAGACCCAUUUGUGGGGAAGAAGCUUGGGGUAUCUCACCAGGGCUACCUCAGUAUGCACACUGACAGGGACAGCAUCAACAGCUACAACACAGAAUCAGAAGACAGUGGAGAAGACACAGCCAGAACAACCAACAACAAGAAGUCGACUAAGAAAGCAAAAGCUAAGAAGAAAAACACAGGACCUAAACUCUCACCCAUUAACUCCAAACUGAUGAAGGAAAUCGGAGCUAAUGGUGAUGGUUCCCCAAGUGAAGUGCAGCAGCUCUUGGAUGAGGGAGCAGACCCAAGCUGUGUUAACAAGAACGGCCUUCCCGUGCUCCAUGUUGCAUCCAAGAAUCGUCACCUAGACUGUCUCCCCGUCCUGGUUGACGCAGGGGCUGAUGUCAACAGGAAGGGACCUUCAACAAUAAAAGGCAACACAGCUCUCCAUGAAUCUGUGAACCUUGGACCUUCUGGUCUCAAGGUCAUCGAUACACUGCUGGAUCUUGGGGCAGACCAGAGCAUGAAGAAUGAGAGAGGAGAAACACCAUAUGAUCUCGCAGCAAAAGCUGGCUAUGACUCUAUCAUCACAAAGUUUGCCUCAGCCCUUGGCCAAUCUCAGCUCCAUAAGAUGACCAAGCCGAGAACAAGUUAAUCUAACUGGCUGGCCAGAGUUGCUGUAGACACUCCUACAGUGUUGCCUCGGUGUCCUGUACCUCAUCUCUGAACCAUUGAGCCUAGUUGUUGCCUUAUUACCAAGUGCCAGUCGAAGGAAAUGCCCAUGAAAAACACCUGUACAGCAUUUAUCAAAUUUAAUUUUUAUUUUUAUCCAUCACAGAUUUGUUUUCUUUAGUGGCAUUUUUUUUACAGUGAACACAUCAUGAUUCUGAUUCUUACAAAGUCUUGAGAAAUUAUUCCUCAUGGACUUUGGCUGAAAAUAUAGACUUUAGAUCUCAGGCAAUGAAACUUUGUGUGAGUGGGCAGAUAAUUAGUGAACAUGGUGAAUGUGAAAAAGUGUUCCACCACUGGUCAUAAUAUCCAUUUGUUUUACUGAAGAAGUCUAGUAUUUUAAUAGUUCAUGUAUUUGCUGAUGGGCAGUGUUUUUGCCUUUUAGCCUUUUAUAGAUUUUGUGGUAGAUUUACAUGGUACAUAAAUAUAUUUGUACAUAAUAUGAUGACAGCUAUCACUUAUUUUACCUAUGAACAGCUAUAUAAUCAAGCACUGAGACUUCACCUACCGGUACCAAUGAAGCCACAUUCAGAUACAGAACUUGUGCUUCUGAGUCAUGUAUGUCAUUCCAUGACAAUACUGCCAUCUUAACUUAAUUGUGUAUAGCACUGAAUAUGUUGUAUUCAUUUUACUAGGCUUGACCAUGUUGCUAGUAUGGUUUAGAAACUCUUAUUUAUUUUAUGUAUAUGUCAGAAAGGAUGCAUUGUUUAGUUUGAAACUUACUCACAUGCUUCAGAAGUUAAUUGUUAUUGGUUCAAAUGUAAAAUGAGUGUUUAAAAAUCCAUGUGUAGUGUCCUAGUGUUGUGAUACUCCGUCCCGUACUAUGGCCUAUCUGUGAUAUUUAGUAUGUGAAAACUUAUUGUUCCUGUCAUAACUAGCCUUCAGACUCCAGUAUAUAUUGCUUUUUAUCUUAGAACUCUGUAGUUAUUUAGCAGAUAACAUGAAAUAAACUUUUUCUAGCA